AUGGAGAAGAACGAGGCAGAUAACUGGAGGGAGAUGGUCAGGAAGAUGCUCCCACCAGGUGCCCCUAUCCCGGACAACGACAAAAUGGACUACUCGAUAGCCCUCGAGUACAAUGGGCCUCCGGUCCAUUACGACAUCCCACAGGCCGAGCCCCUCGACUUGAAUCCGGCCCAAAUCCCAACCGCCGACCCGCUUUCCGAGUCCAGACGAUCCAUGGCCCGCGACUCGGCCCCUGUGAUCGAGCCCAUCCCCCUCCCUAGGACCCGAAUUUCGAGCCCAUCCACCGAGUCAGUUGUGUCUGUUUUGCAGAACGAUGAUUUCUCUUCACGAUCGGGAUCGGGCUCGCCGGGGUCGGUCCACAGCUGGCAAGACGGGCCAACCCCUCCAAACGAGGCAAGGCGGCCAACAGUUGUGACUUUCAACACGGCUGAUAGGUCUGAGACUCGGCCAACCGAUGGCGAAAAGCAGGUUUUCGAGCAAUUCGUGGUUGGCUUACCCAAGAAGACGAAGAAGAAGAAGAGGAAAAAGGCGAGGGUUUGCUAUAGGUGCGGGAAAGGGAAGUGGGAGAGUAAAGAGAGUUGUUUGGUUUGUGAUGCGAAAUAUUGCAGCAACUGUGUGCUCCGGGCCAUGGGCUCGAUGCCCGAGGGGCGUAAGUGCGUCACGUGUAUUGGUGAGCCGAUUGACGAGGUGAAGAGGUGCAGAUUGGGUAAGCACUCGAGGCUUUUGUCUCGUUUGCUCAGCCCAUUGGAGGUUAAGCAUAUCAUGAAGGCCGAGAAGGAGUGUUCGGCCAAUCAGCUUCGGCCAGAGCAGUUGAUUGUGAACGGGUAUCCUUUGAAGCCGGAGGAGAUGUNUUUUUUCGAAUGGGGUAAAGAGGGAGAGAAGCCUGAUAGAAUUAUUAGUUCGAAUUUGAAUUUUACGGGUAAACUAAGCCCGAGCGCGAGCAAUGGGAAUACUGAGGUGUACAUGAAUGGUCGAGAAAUUACGAAGCUUGAGCUGAGAAUAUUGAAGCUUGCAAAUGUACAAUGCCCUCGUGAUACCCAUUUUUGGGUGUAUGACGACGGACGAUAUGAAGAGGAAGGCCAAAAUAAUAUCAGAGGAAAUAUCUGGGAAAAGGCAUCAACCCGAUUCGUGUGUUCCUUGUUCUCUCUGCCUGUUCCUCAAGGUCAGCCACAUGGGCUAAAGGAUGAGCCUAGCAACUACACGACUGUACCGAGUUAUCUCAAGCCGAAAAAGAAGUUUCAGAAGCUUCUUCUUUUUGGACUCCAAGGCUCUGGUACCAGCACCAUUUUCAAGCAGGCCAAGUUUUUAUAUGGGAGCAAAUUUACCCCUGAGGAACGACAGGAUAUGAAACUCAUGAUCCAGAGCAAUAUGUACAAGUAUCUCAGCAUCUUGCUCGAUGGUCGGGAACGUUUUGAGGAAGAAGAUUUAUUAGAGAGAAGAAGGCAAGCUUCUGACAAAGAAGCUGCUGAAGCAGGUAUCAAACAAAAAGGACUCUUCGAGGAAGAUCAUGGCACCAAUGAUAAUAAUAACCAAAGCAUUUAUUCUCUCAACCCAAGAUUGAAGCACUUUUCUGAUUGGCUGCUUGACAUAAUUGCCACUGGGGAUUUGGAUGCAUUUUUCCCAGCAGCAACACGCGAAUAUGCCCCUCUCGUUGAGGAAGUAUGGAAAGAUCCUGCUAUUCAGGAGACUUAUAAGAGAAAGGAUGAACUCCACUUUCUUCCGGACGUAACCGAGUACUUCUUGAGCAGGGCAGUUGAAAUAUCGAGCAACGAGUAUGAACCUUCGGACAAAGAUAUACUGUUUGCUGAAGGGGUGACUCAAGGUAAUGGGCUGGCUUUUAUGGAGUUCUCAUUGGACGAUCGGAGCCCAAUGUCAGAAACUUAUACAGAGAAUAUGGAAUCUGGGCCCCCACCUCUCACCAAGUAAGUUUUCCUUGUCAGGAAGAAAUAUUGUCGGCUCGAAAGGAAAAUUUUCAACUCUUGAAUUGGAUAUGGAUAUUUAUGGUUUGGUUUAGUUUUCUUAUACCAAUCAG